CCCACAGUCCCUCACACAAACACACAUAUGCUCAUCCACACAAGAUCACCAAGCCUAACCGGUGGAUUUAACAGCCGGGCGAAACGGAAGGUGGGUGGAGGGAACUUUCAGCAAGGACCCCAUUGACAGGCAGGACAAUGUCUUUCUGCUCAGCUCCCAAAAACACCCUUUGGAUCUCGUAGUUCAUUAGGUCACUCGACGCACAGUUUGCCUGGCGGGGCUGACAGCCUGAGGAUGUCAUCACAGGUCAUCGCUGGGAUUUUAUAUUUCGCCUCCCUUUGCCUUUUUCAAGCCACUUUCAUCAGGCCAGGCUCCUGUAAAGAGGAGAUAAAGACAACAAACAGGCCUGCCCCAAAACCCAUGUCCCCUUCAGACUUCCUGGACAAACUCAUGGGGAAGACCUCCGGGUACGACGCCCGCAUCAGGCCCAACUUCAAAGGUCCACCUGUCAAUGUCACUUGUAACAUCUUCAUCAAUAGUUUUGGAUCCAUCACAGAAACCACAAUGGAUUAUCGUCUAAAUGUGUUCCUACGGCAGCAGUGGAACGAUCCCCGGCUGGCAUACAGAGAGUAUCCGGAUGAUUCUCUGGACCUGGAUCCAUCCAUGUUGGAUUCUAUCUGGAAGCCCGACUUGUUCUUUGCCAAUGAAAAGGGAGCUAAUUUCCACGAGGUUACCACAGAUAACAAACUCCUGCGCAUCUUCCAGAAUGGCAAUGUGCUCUACAGUAUCCGGCUGACACUGAUCCUCUCCUGUCCGAUGAAUCUCAAGAAUUUUCCUAUGGAUAUUCAGACCUGUACCAUGCAGCUUGAAAGCUUUGGCUACACAAUGAAUGACCUGAUUUUCGAGUGGUUGGAUGAGGGCCCUGUGCAGGUGGCUGACGAUCUGAUGCUUCCCCAGUUUGUCCUGAAAGAGGAGAAGGAUCUCGGCUACUGCACCAAACACUACAACACAGGAAAAUUCACCUGCAUUGAGGUGAAGUUCCACCUAGAGCGACAGAUGGGCUACUACCUGAUCCAGAUGUACAUCCCCAGCCUGCUCAUUGUCAUUCUUUCAUGGGUGUCCUUCUGGAUCAACAUGGAUGCAGCACCAGCCCGUGUGGGCCUGGGCAUCACCACAGUGCUCACCAUGACAACUCAGAGUUCUGGCUCAAGAGCAUCCUUACCCAAGGUGUCCUACGUAAAGGCCAUUGACAUCUGGAUGGCAGUGUGCCUGCUGUUUGUGUUCGCUGCCCUUCUCGAGUACGCAGCCGUCAACUUCGUUUCCAGGCAGCACAAAGAGUUCAUCAGACUUACGAAGAAGCACAGGAGACAGAGGAUAGAGGAGGAGCUGGUAAGGGACAGUCGUGGGUUUUAUUUCCGUGGUUACGGCUUGGGCCACUGCUUGCAGGGCAAAGAUGGCACAGCAGUUGAGGGUUCCACGGUCUUCACUGCUCCCCCAUCGAUGCCAGCAUAUUACGAUGCUGAUGCAAUCCGCAAGAGGUUUGUGGACCAGGCCAAACGGAUAGACACCAUAUCCAGGGCUGUUUUUCCCAUGAGCUUUUUGGUUUUCAAUGUCUUCUACUGGAUCACGUACAAAGUAAUGCGCCAGGAGGACAUCCAUGCUUCCCUAUAACUAGCGCUGUGGCCUGACAUUGCUUGGCAAUUUAUUGUAACAGUUAAUUUGUCUUUCAACCAAAAUUCCCAAAUUUGCAAAUUAGAUCAAGAGUUUCAAAAAAACAAGAACUGCUACAGAAAAACAGCAAAGAUGACCCUGUCUUCUGCUGUAAGACCCUGAGCUCAGGUGUCACUUCCGAUGUCCGGUCAGAACAAAACGAGAGAUUACAGACUCUUACGCUCUGUGUUUCUGCAGGUUUAUUGCCACAGAUUCUUUCUUCUAAUCUGCUGUUUUCUUUUUUUUGUUGGGAAAAUACCACAGUUCUUGUAAUUUAUUUGUUUAUGAGCCUCUGCAUAAAUAUCCAUGUUUGAAACUUGCGCAAAUAUUACUAAACCUUAAAAGUAGAUGGUAAUUACUGACUUGAAUAUCAAUGCACACCUCAUAUCCAAAUGAAUGUUUCAAUGGAUUUUUAACAUAGAGUUUCAAAAGUUGGGAAAGGAAAUAACGGGUGGGGUAUGGAGAUACACAUUUCUUUAUAUUUAUAGGGUGUUAAUUCUUACAGAUGUAAAUAAACUGAGAUGUUGCUUCAUUGCAGAAACAUUCUUCCCCAAUGACAUUUAAAUAAAUGGAGUUUUCUGCUAAAAUCUUUAGAUAUGUUUCUACUGUAUCAGAAAGUGCUCUUUUUUGUGUGAAAGCAACCUAAUACAAAAUGUGACAUAUGUAAGAUAUAAUGUCCUACUCCUUUACAAAGUGUCUCAUUGGUACUAUAACACUGUGAACCGCAUGUAGAAAUUAAUAAUUUUCUAUGAAGUGUAAAUUAAUUGCUUAUUCAUUUUAUCAUUUACAGUUACUGAAAACUUAAAUGGAGAGUGUAUUGGGGGAAAACUGAGAGGCAGAAGAGGGGGUGAAAGGAGGGUGCCUGCUAAUUUUAGUAACUGUAAAAAUGACCUUCAUAGUAUCAAAAAUAUCCCUAAAUAGACCAAGAGAAUGCUCAAGACAUUGUCUUCGGAGCAUCAAAUUAGGAUUGCUCAUUUAUGGAGUAAACUUUCAUAAUGAGAUCCCAGUAUUUGUUCUUUUUCUUCAGUUGAAUGUAACACAUUGCAGUCCAUGUGUGUAUAACAUUGUUUCGACUUAGAAUAAGAUUUUUUUUAUAUUUAUUUUUUAAUGUGUCACACAGUUUGGUUUUAUAUUUAUUUGAUGUGCAAAUGCUUUGGUUACCAUAGCAUUCAUUUAGCCGUCAUUUAACUAUCCAGAGUUAUUGUCUUUAUUUGCUGAUCAGAAGCUGGUAGGUUUGCAGAGUUUACCUUAUUUUUUUUUUUUUUUUUUUUUUGGUUUGGACAGAUAUGAAGUGAGACAACUCAGGAAAAGUAUCAGCGUUCAAGGAUGGAACAGCAGGGACAUUUGUGUCAUCUGCAUUUGCAAAAUUUAUGUCAUAAAUUGGGUCAUUCCAAUGAAAAAGAGAAAAAAUUCCAAUGAGAAAACCUUAACCAUAAGAACAAGGAAAACAGCUCUUGGAUUUUUGUUAUGAUUACUCUUAAAUUCAAUCAGGUAUU